AUGCUGCGAUCGGAGAAUCCAACUCGGCCUGCGACGAUUGAUGAGCUGCUGUCUUCUGAGCUCAUCGGGAAGAUCUCGCAUCUGGAUGUGUCGUCGCGGAAGAUCUUUGCGGGCAAGCUCAAGGGCGAGCGGCGGUCUAAAAAACGUGGCGAGAGUGUCGAGUUUGCGGAUCAUCGGCCUUAUGCGACGGGGGAUGACCUGCGGCACAUCGACUGGAAUAUUUACGCGCGGCUCGAUCGGUUCUUCAUGAAGCUGUUCAUGGAGGAAGAGGAUCUGUCGCUGCAUAUUGUGAUCGAUGCGAGCGCGAGCAGCGAUUGCGGCGAACCCAAUAAGUUCUACUACAUGCAGCAGGUCGCGAUGGCGCUGGGGUAUAUCGGGCUGCUGAAUCUGAAUCGCGUCGCGGUCACGGCGGUGGGGAUGCGUGAUGAGCUGGUGAUUGCUGGAGGGGAGCAAUCGAUCGCGGGGAAUAUCCGCGAUCUGCGUGGUCGAAGAAGAACGCAUGAUCUGGCGCGGUUUUUGUGCUCGAUCACUCCUGAGGGCGGGACGGACUUUGGUCAGGCGUGCAAGCGGAUCGCGAUGUCUCGUAGAGGCAAGGGCGUGAUGAUCGUGCUGAGCGACUUCUUCAUGAAGGAGGGGUACGAGACUGGUCUGCGGCUGCUGGUGGGGCGUGGGUACGAUGUGUUUGCGAUCCAGGUGUUGUCGCCUCAGGAGGUGGAGCCUGACAUCGCGGGGGAUCUGCAGCUGCGCGAUGUGGAGGAUGGGGACAUGGCAGAGGUGACGAUCUCGGCGCCGCUGCUCAAGAAGUACAAGGAGAACCUGUCGGCGUAUUGUCAGGGCUUGCGUGAUUUCUGUGCUCGGCGAGAGAUCACGGGACUGACGAUCCAGUCGGACACGCCGAUCGAUACGCUGCUGGUGGACUACCUGCGGAAGCGGGGAUCGCUCAUUAAAUAUGACACUUCAUCGGAUCGAAUCGAUCAGAUUGUUCGUGAGCAACUCAACGGGCUUGAUUCAGAUAAAGAACGGCUGGAGAAGGCAGCCUCGAUGGUUGAUUGGCGCAUGGCACGAAUCGGUUCGAAUCGUAUUGCCGAGGUGCCGUUGCUUCGAUGGAAGGAAGAUGGCAAUACACUAUUACUGCCUGUUCAUACUGCUUGCUGGCUUGGUGUUGGAUUCUCCAACGAUGAGAUAGCCGUCGUCUUUGAUGAAAGUGGACAGGUUAUCUCAUCAGCAAAACAGUUCAGGGAGUUUACUAGGGAUUACAACCUCAAAUUGAUGGAGUUUCCUGAGGGUUUUGUAGAUCCAUGGGAAGUUGAAUCGCCGCAAAUGGGUAGGCCAUCGGUGAAGCUCGAAAGCAUGCAUGGUCAUCCCGCAACUUGGUCCAUCAAGUCAGAUUAUCCCGAAGCAAACAGAAUCAUUCAAGUUGAUUACAUCUCCUACGCAAAUGAUCCGGAUGAACUCGAAGGUAGCAUCAAGAUCAGUCUGGAUCCUCCAAUAGAGUACGUCCUGGUCGAUCAAACCGAGCCGAUCAUCGAAAAGAGUGUCUUCGCAGGAUCACUGUUUGUUGAUGAGCCUGAGUUCUUUGAGAGAUCGGGAAAAAUGCGGAUUGAGAGAGCGCACCAGAUGACUUGGGCGACACCGAUGUUGGCUGCUUUGGUGGGGGCGAUCGCGAUCCCUUCGUUGGUGAUCUUGUAUUUUUUGAAGCUGAGGAGGGUUCCUCGCGAGGUGUCUUCGACGCUGCUUUGGAAGAAGGCGAUCCAGGAUCUGCAAGCGAACGCGCCGUUUCAGCGGCUGCGGCGGAAUCUGUUGCUGUUCUUGCAGCUGAUUAUUCUGGGGUUGAUCCUGCUGGCGCUGGCGCAGCCUCGCUCGACGGCGAGUGCAUCGGCGGGGCGCAAGCUGGUGCUGUUGAUUGAUCGCAGCGCUUCGAUGCGCGCGGUGGAUGGGGAAGCGAGUGGGGAUCGGACGCGUUUGGAAGUUGCGAAGGAGCGGGCGAUCGGUUUGGUGGAGGGGCUCGCGUCGCCUUCGUUGUUUGAGGAAUCGGACAAGGCGGACGAGGCGAUGGUGAUCGCGUUUGAUCGGUCGGCGGAGAUUGUUUCGCAGUUUACAUCGGAUAAGCAGACGCUGAUUAACGCGAUCAAUGGGAUUGCGCAGACGGAUGGGCCGAGCUCUAUUGAGGAGGCGUAUCGACUGGCGCAGUCGCAGCGUCCGAAUCGUGUGUUUAUUGAUACGGGUCCCAGCGGUGAGGGGACGGAUCCGGUCGAGAUCGAGGGCAUCAAGGGCGGGGAUGCGUACUUCUUCCAUCUGUUCAGCGACGGACGGAUCUCGGAUCUCGAUGUCGUGCGUGCUGACUCGCAGGAGCAGGCCGGGGAUGCGCCGAGCUUUGAGUACCACGCGAUCGGGAGUGCGGGGUCGGUCAAUGUCGGGCUCACGGCUCUGCGCGCCGAGCGGGAUUACGAAGAUCCGCGCAAGCUGAGUGUGUUUGUGGGGGUGCAGUCCACGGAUCCGAAUCCGCGCUUGAUUGAUGCGGAGUUGCUUGUCGGGGGAGCGGUGGUUUCGGUGCGUGCGGUGAAGCUUGAGGGGGCGGGGGUGAAUGUGCAGUCGGGGCUGCGGGAGCCGAGCGUUGGGGGGGUGGUGUUUGAGCUUGAUGAACCCAAUGGGGUGGUGGUUGGUGUUCGAUUGACGACGGGGUUUGGUGAGGGGAAUCUGGAUGUUUUGAGCACGGACAAUCGCGGGACGCUGAUUGUCCCUCCGGCGAAGCAGGCGUCGGUGGCGCUGGUAACGACGGGGUCGCUGUUCCUGCGCGAGGCGCUGCGUGGGUUGUCGAUCUCGGAUCUGCUGGUGAUCACUCCGAGCGAUUACGAGCAGAUGCGCGAGGAUGGGGAGACGAGCGCGAUCGAUCUGUUUGUCUUCGACGGCACGCUUCCUGAAGCGGGCGAGGGCGGGGUGGUCUUUGAUCCGGGACGCUACCUGGUCGUGGGAGAUGUGUACACCGGUCCCGGCGGGGUCGUGGACCAUGGGGAGGGUCCAGGCACGCAGGUGAUCAACUGGAGGCGGACGCAUCCGCUGCUGCGCGAUCUGACACUUGAUGCGGUGGUGAUCGGGAAGUCUCGGACGAUUGAGAUCCCUGAGGAAUCGGAGCUGGUGUCGCUCGCGGAGACGACGGAGGGGCCUGCGAUUGUGGAGAUGAGCACGGGGGAUGUGCGCGCGGUGAUGGUGGGGUUUGAUCCGAAGUUUUCGAACUGGCCGUUUGAUGUGAGCUUUGUUGUUUUCUUGGCGAGCGCUGUGGAUUAUCUUGGGACGCAGGUGGGGACGGAUAUAGAUGUGAACGCUCGGCAGCUGCGUCCUGGAUUUGUGCUCGCGGAUCGUGUGCCUAGUGAUGCGGGCAACAUCCGCGUGAAGCUUCCCGAUGGAUCGAUGAGCAGCGAGAUCGUCGCGGCUCCCGACGGGCGGAUCGUGUACGGCCCGAUCCGCGAGACAGGGGUGUACAGCGUGCAGUGGACUGGGAGCGCGGGGACGAGUGAUAUCGAGGAUGAUGGGAAGAUCGUUCGGUUUUAUGCCGCGAACUUGCUUGAUGGUCCGGAGUCUGACGCGGGGACGUCGGAGAGCGUGGGGCUGUCGAAUCGGGUCGUGAGCGCGAGCGGUCAGGGGGAGAUCAAGCGGCUCAAGGAAUGGUGGGUGUGGCUGCUGCUUGGGGCGCUUGGGGUGAUGAUGAUUGAGUGGUGGAUUUACAAUCGGAAGGUGUACUUGUAA